AUGGCCAAGAUUACAUCAACGAAGCUACCUAUCCACUACGGCUUGCCGCCGUCGAAGCAAGCAAAUGAACCGCCACAAGCCAGGUCGACGGCUUCGUCGGGCAUCAGCUGCCACGAUGAAGUAGCCUCGGAGCAGGGCAGCGAUGCUUCUCAACCAAGUCAGGCCUUGCGAUCGAUCGAGUCGCAGUGCUUCGCUAUCACGGACAUGUCGCAGCGACCGGCGGCUAAGAACACAAUAUGUGCGGAUUGUGCUUACCGUAUGAGUCUGGACGAGGUGAAGCAGUGCCGUGUAUUCUUCGGUGGUGAAAAGGCGGUGAUGGACAGCCAAGAGUGCGUGAUUUGCAGUUGGAAGACAGGGAAUCCGGCGGCGUUCACAUGGCCGUACCUGAACUUCAUGACGGAGAAUCCGACCAUCUUCCAUGCGGUGGACUACUUUAAGCAGAUUCUCAGAGUGGCAGGCUUCGAGGAGCUGACCGCGCGGGAGGACUGGUCGGCCAGGCUGAGGCCCGGUGGAAAAUACUAUGUGACCCGCAACGGAAGCACGCUGGCGGCAUUCACGAUCGGUGGCGCCUACAGGCCGGGCAACGGAGUGGCGAUCGUGGCCGGCCACAUCGACGCGCUGACGGCCAAGCUGAAGCCUGUCAGCAACAAGCCAGACAGGGCGGGCUAUGUACAGCUGGGUGUGGCGCCGUAUGCAGGCGCGCUCAACGAGACCUGGUGGGAUCGGGACCUGGGCAUCGGCGGCCGGGUAGUUGUGCGCGAUCCAGAGACAGGCUGGACAACCACGCGGCUUGUCAAGCUGGACUGGCCAAUUGCCAAGAUUCCUACACUGGCGCCACACUUUGGCGUGUCGAUGACGGGCCAGGGCAACAAGGAGACGCAGCUAGUACCGGUGAUCGGACUGGACAGCGGCAGCAAGACGGGGUCGAUGGCGGAACAGGCCAGGACCGUCGAGCCGGCGCUGGGCCCGGCUGGCUCGUUUAUCGCCUCACAGCCGCCCAAGCUGGUGAAGCUGAUCGCGGCCGAGCUGGGUGUCAAGUCGUACGCGUCGAUUGUCAACUGGGAGCUGGAGCUAUUCGACACGCAGCCAGCGACGGUGUUCGGCCUGGACAAGGAGAUGAUCUCGGCUGGGCGGAUUGACGACAAGAUCUGUUCGUGGGCGGCCUUGGUGGCCCUGUUGCGUGCCCGGGACAACGACUCGUCGGGGGUGGUCCGGCUUGUCGCCCUCUUUGACGACGAGGAGAUUGGCAGCCUGUUGCGACAGGGGGCCAAGAGCAACUUCCUGCCGCUAACGGUUGAGCGGAUUGUGGAGGCCCUGUCGCCGCCGAUAGUGGGCAGCUUCGGUCCGGGCGUGAUUGGGCGCACAUAUGCAUCCAGCUUCCUAAUCUCGUCGGACGUGACGCACGCGAUACAUCCCAACUUUGUGGCCAACUACCUGGACGACCACGCACCCAAGCUCAACGUCGGCGUGGCCAUCACGCACGACAGCAACGGCCACAUGACGACGGACAGCGUCUCGACAGCGCAGCUGCAGCGCGUGGCCGAGCUCAGCGGCUCGACCCUGCAGCGGUUCAUGAUCCGCAACGACUCGCGCAGUGGUGGCACCAUCGGCCCCAGCCUCAGCUCGGCCAUGGGUGUCAAGAGUGCCGACGCAGGCAUCCCGCAGCUGAGCAUGCACAGCAUCCGUGCCUCGACCGGAGCACUGGACCCAGGUCUAGGCGUCCGCUUUUUCCAGGGGUUUCUGGAGAACUGGGAAACUGUUGACGCAGAGUGGCAGUAG